UUCGAUUCCUUUUUCUGUCAAUCUAAAUCCGAGAGAGAGAGAAACAACUCAGCUGCCUCACAGCUGUAUAUUUGUAGUAUUUCCUGAGGCGAAAAUCAUGGACGUGAAUGCAUUUGAGAUCCUCGCUAGCAUCCCCGACGAUCCAGACACGGGAAGGUUUUUCGCUCAAUCGAGGUAUCUGAAGCUGGAGAUACCACCCAAAGCCGACGGCUGUCGCCGGUUCCUGCACGGCGUGGCCGUCAAGGAGACAUUCACCGGCGAUGUGGUGAUGGAGGACUGUGUCGAGAUGACCACCAGCAGUGUGCUCCGCUACUGUGGCAUCGUUAAGGUGUCUCGGGCAUCCAUUCUCAAAUAUAUAUACCCCAAAGAUUUCUUUGUAUCAAAAUACAACACCAAAGAACCCUAGAAAUAAUUCCUCAUGCUUGGCUCCCCAAUGACAGACGUGAAAUUCGAUUGAAAUAAACCAUUAAAAUAAACCCUCAAAAUGAAAUAAAAAAAAAUAAGAGUCACUCAGCAAAUGCUAAUCGACCGGCAAGCAAAAAAACUAUCAAUGGCCGAAGCUUUAGAUACACUUGCAGACUUAAUUGAGUUACUGGCAGACAGAUUCGAUGCUCGACCGAUGGCUCCCACAUAUGAUUAAGUGAACGCUUAAGUGACGGGGGUUCCCCGUCUUACACGAUGGCCAUCAGAUAUGCUCCCCGCUCUCUGUGGCAAACACGGCUGAACGAACAUCGAACGAUCGAACCUUUGCAAGGGUAUAAAAACUAUCAACGACAAACAUCAAAUGGGAAUGUGAAACACAUAAACCUCGACCUUGACUUUCAUAC